AUGUCAAAAUUUCUGGAAAUUAAUAAGAGGGCGUUGGUUCCGGACUAUUUGCACAAAAAAUCAAUGUUUUAUAUUCUUGAAGAGUUUCAAGGGAAUCUCCAGACGUUUGGUGGCUAUCCGUAUGGUUGUUCUUACGGAAAGGAGGAAGAAUGUGCUCAGUUAUUGAUGAAUGCAGCGAAAAAUAGACUUCGAAUGUACGGAUCGGCUCGCGAAUUCGCGGAGAAUCUGAAAAUCUACGGGAGUUUCAGUGGAAAUGAUUUGUUUUUCGAUUUAGAUGAAUUUCCGUAUCAAACGAAUGCAAUUGUCUAUCGAAGUCUGAAAAACGAUGAGGAAUACAUCUGCAAUUUGGAUCUUUUCGUGAUUCUUCAGAAUAUUCUUCUUGGAAUUUCGGAAAAUCCUCCGAUGCUGCUCGCAGCGGCUCUUGAUUAUUAUUUGAAGAAUGUGGAAGAAGAAGAAGAAGUUAAUGAGAAUUCGCUCAAAUUUGUGCGAUUCGACGAGAAAAUUUUUGAGGGAAUCGAGAAGGAUUUGAGGGAGAUGAUUGCGGAACGCCGGCCAAAUGAGCCCGAACACAAACUAUUCACUUCGGAAUUUCCUGAAAUCAAAUCUCUAGUAGAUGUUAUCGAAAAAAGACAAGAAUUGUUUCAUCCGAAAGCUAAAGUUGUUCGUCUUUUUGAGGAUGGCGAUCAGAAGUUUGUGAUGAAAGCGGAAAUUGAUUAUAUACUCAACAAGACGAAAGAUGAUACUGAAAUUCGCUUUUUGCACACAAUGGGAAUGGAAGAAGCUGAACGGACACUUGGGAAAAACACUUUUGAGUUCAUCCGCUGCCCAAUCCAACGAGCUAAACACCGAGCUGUUCCCAUCAAAGGCUGUGGUGGUGGAAAACAAGAGUCCAAUUUUUACAUUCUCGCCGUCGACGCCCUAUUUGAAUAUCUCCGAAGUGCCAUUUUCGGUGCGAAAAUUCUCCAAAAAAUCUCGAAUUUCGACGAGUUUUUGCGUGUUUUAUCCGAUUAUCAGAACGUUUUCACAUGGGAAUGUAAAAGUCCAUAUUUCAUUAGAAUGAGUGUGUUGAAUGGAUUAGCAAAAUUGUCAUCCGAAGUAGAAAAACUUCCAGCGAAAGAAGUGAGAAAUGCGAAAUGUGAUGGAUUCACUCUACAGAAUCUGAAAAAUGAGUUGAAACAUCUCGGGCUCACUGAAGCAUUGCCUGAAAUUCAGGAUUACGCAGAAGUGGUUUAUGAUCAUGUGGAUAGAGUGAAGGCCGAGGAAUAUCUGAGAACGUGUGACUUGUUUGAUGCCAUCGAGCAAUGUCAACUCAUUUGUAUCUUCAAUCGAAUUCCAAAUCUCAAAAAGUUCCUCCACAAUCAGAAUGGAUGUGGAAGAGUUGUCGGAUUGAAGUGUGAUGAGUGUGAGAAGAAGACUCCAGAAGUCCAAAUUUCGUCUCAAACCCAGGAUCCGAGCAAAGCAAGCAUUUAUUCACAAAUAUGUGAGGAGAUGAUGGAGAUAAAGAAAGAAUUGGAAGAUUUGAAGAAUAAUUACGAAAAAGUUGUGGAAUCUGAAGCCAAAUUGAAGGAAGAAUUGACUCUGGAAAAGGAGAAAAAUCGGGAGACAAUUCUCACGUUGAAGGCUGAAAAUGCCGCGAAUGAGAGAGUAAUUCAACAGUUACUCGAUAAAUUGACACCAAUUAGUAGCAAUGAAGACCGUCAAAAUGCCGUUGAAGAAGCUCCGUUCGAUUGGAGUGGUUUUCCAAUCUGA